AUGGGAUGUUUCGCGCAGAUGAAACAAGUCGUUCGAGGCGUGCGGCAAGAAUAUGGACAUAUAUCAAUUUUUGGAUAUUCCAAAGAUAAUAUGAGUUUGCCUUUACAAAGAGUUUAUGUAGAAUUAAAAUUUGAUCCAAUCCAUCCAUCUGUCAAAGCAAUGAAAAUGCUUGAAAUUUCUGAAGAAUUUAAACGUAAACUUUUUUCAUAUGAUUUUUUCAAUGAAAAUAAAACAAAAAAAAUUAACAGAGCUAUUAUUGAAAGAAGUACAGAGAAUCCUGAAACUUUUUACAGAAAUUUUAUGCUCGAACAAUGGUUGAAUGUAUUAUUAGCUAACAGUAGUAUAUUUACGGAAAGUGAAGCAAGUUCAAUUAAAAAUAAAUUUUUUAAAACAAGACUACCAAUUCUUAUUCCAAUUUGGAAAUAUGUUGAACAACUGAAAGAAAAUCAGAACAAUGACAAUAAAAAAACUUUACUUCAGUUCAUUUACGAAAACCCUACGCUUGAUUCAAAUUUUUUUAAAGAUGAAGAGGAAAGUAAAGUGCUAUCAUCAAUGAUCAUCGAAUCGUUAAUACAAGGAGAUGUUUUAGUUAUUUUCGAAGGAUUAGAUGAGAUUCCUGUUCAUAUGGAUCGAUCUGAAUUAAUGAAAGAAAUAAAUGCUUUACUCGAACGACCAAUAGAUUAUGAUGAAAAGGCGAACAAGCUUUUUUAUUCAGUUUAUGAACAAAAGGAAAUCUGUGGUACUGAAGGUCCAGAUGCUGGCAAUCGAUUUAUUAUAACAAGUCGUAUUGAAGGAAAUUAUUUUGAUGAAAUAAAUUUUUAUAUUCCAAGAUUAACUAUAGAAGAUAUGUCUAAUGAUGCUCUAAAAUCGUUUUGUAGUUCCUACAUGGAAUGUAUAAAAGAAAUUUCUCUUAAAAAUGGAAGAUUUAUCAAAGCAAGAAUACAAGAGUGA